ACUUGUCCGGGACGCCGAGCUGUGAGGACGCCUUCCCGCUCUCGUGACGCGCCGCCUUGUUUGUCACGCUGUGAGGCCUGUUCCCGGUGUCGUGUUCUAAACGCUGACGAGUUUACUGCCUUGUUCUGCGGUGGUGUUGCUCGUUCAACUCGCUGCAUUGCCGUGCCUCAAAAGUAUAUUGCAAGUGUGCCGUGUUAUUUGAAAUCCGCGCAUUACGCCACAAUAAUGGGUGAGCUGUGUGUCGAAGGCAUCAGGAGGAACCAGAUCAUGGCCUUGCCGAGUGUCCUGAACUACAGAAUCUGGUCCUCCGCGGGGCCACGAAGCCUGCCAGGCCUGGCGAGGCGAGGGCCCAGCACCAAGCUGCGGAAGAGCCUGUUCGGCCCCGUCGACCACGCCGAGAACCUGCGCUUCGUGCGGGAGGAGCUGGACAAGAUCUCGCGCGAGGACUCCGAGCGCUGGAACUUCGACUUCGCGACGGAGCAGCCGCAGGAGGGACGCUACGAGUGGGCGGCCGUGGGCGAGGUGGCGGCCGAGGCGAAGCCGACGAGUCCUCUCACCUGCCUCACCAACAAGAAGCAAGUGAAGCGACUGCAGACUGACCUACCGGCCAACAUGAAGCAGAGGCUGUGCACCGACUACUUCAGAAAAACCUCGCACAAGACGCAGAGAUCGGCGCCCAAAGUGAAGGACAGUAUUCUUAGCAGUUCUAAUAAAAUCAACAUCACCAAAACCAGCAAAGUUUGAAAGUGGGAAAAAAGGGAAAUAACUUAAUGUAUCCAGUCCCUCUACUAAAGAAAAAUGCCAAAUACAUAUUCUGUAACGUGUGUGUGCAGUAUAGUGCUCUUCUAAGUUAUCUGUGUAGGGGCCUGGUGCAUCAAAUUUCCCCCUCAAAGGUUCAGGAAACAAAAAUCUCGGUGAGCCAAAGACUAUCUCUUAAGAAACGACAAGUGUUGAGAGGAGAACCAACACGCUCAAUGUACUCGGUGAAAGUGUUCGUAUAUAGACGUGGAUUGUACGAUACUGUUCGCGUGAGUGUCUACUGCUUACCUCUACCUUCUUGACCUGGGCUGCUGUUCUGGAUACGUCUGUGCUCAUCUACCGGCUUCGAGGCUGUUCCGGAUACGUCUAUACUUGUCUACCUGUGUUCCGGGUACAGUUUCUUCGACCUGAUACGACACACGCCUUCCUAGACUCGACUGCAAGAGAGCGAUGUUCCGGAAUACAGACGACUACUACAUGUACCUGUUCUUGCAGCGUACCUUCGACCAAGCAAAUUUCCUGUUAUUUUCAAUCCCAAGUUAUUACUUCACAACAAGCACAGAGGCAGCCGGGAACCAAAAUUUGAAUACAAGUUAAUAUCAAACUAUGUGGAAACUGAAGGCAGAUUGUGUGACUUCAAAAAUUGAUAUUGGUUUCAAGUACAUUUUACAAAAAAAAUAUUUAUAUAAUUGUAACGAGUCUGUUUAUCAUAUCAAAAUUGUCUGUUCAAUGUCACUGAGUUCAUUAUGUUCAUUGUUUUGAUACGUUUCCAGUAUUAUGUUAUUCAACCUUGAUUUUGUGCACUUGUUAUCACUGUUUGUGUUUAUGUGUUUGCAUUAUCCACAGUUGUUGUGUGUUUGUACUUGUUAUUGUCAUUUAAAUACUAUUAUUCUUUUUCUUUUCAAACUGUCCAUAUGGUAUUUUAAACUUGUAUGGAAUCCCAAGAUCUCGUCUACUAUUUUACAUUAUUUAUUAUAUUAAUAUAUAUUAUAUUGUACAUAAGAGAUAUAUAUUUUGUGAGGCUAAAUGGCCCAUAUUUAUGAAGGAGUGAUUGUAAUAAAUGAAAGUUGAAUUUA